GGCGGGCAGCUGUCAGUGCCGAGCUCCGGUGCCCCCUGAGGACCAUGUUCUCCCUGGCUGGUGCCCUUCUCUGCUGCGUCUUCAUCCUCAACUCCAAGUCCAGUGAUGGUGCUCACAUCAUUGAUGGGACGGAGGUGAAGCCUCACUCCCUCCCCUACAUGGCGAUGCUGGUUCACGGGGGACCGUUCUGUGGGGGGACUCUCAUCCAUCCGAAAUGGGUUCUGAGCGCCGCCCACUGUGCAGGAUACAUGAGUGUGAUUCUGGGCGCUCACUCCAUCAUGAGCGCGCAAGAAGAGCGGGGUGCCAGACAGUACCGGAACGUGUCCCGCCUGGUGGUGCACCCCUGCUACAACGAUGAGCUGAUGCUCAACGACCUCAUGCUGGUGGAGCUGAACGAGCCCGUGAAGGUGACGGAGACGGUGAAGCCGCUGGCUCUGGGGGACGGCGAGUACCCCGAAGCAGGGGUCAAAUGUCUGGUGGCUGGGUGGGGGUUGACCGACUUUCACGAGUGGACCGACACCGACGUGCUGUUGUCGACCCACGUGAAGGUGAUCGACCGGUCAACAUGCAAUUCUAAGGAAUACUACGACCUCCAGCCCGUCAUCACCAAUGACAUGGUGUGCGCUGGGUCUGCUUCAGAUGACCACAGCGACACUUGUUCGGGCGACUCUGGGGGUCCUCUGGUCUGCGGCGACGUUCUGGUUGGAGCCACCUCUUUUGGCAUCGAGUGUGGCCGUCCAGACAAACCCGGGGUGUACGCCCGCAUCACCAAGAAGCACCUCAAAUGGAUCCAUGAGACAGUCGACUUUUAAAAUCUUGAAA